AUGCCCGAAGGAACUUGGUACACUGCGGGAAAUCAGAUACAGACUCACAGAACCCUGAAGGUGGAGAAGAAGAAAUCUCAUGGCAAGAAAAAGGAGAGGAAAUUGACGUCAACAAAGGAAGCCUGUCAAAUGAAUCAGUGUUGCAAUAAAAUACUGUUGAUAAUUUCAGUACUCGAUGAAGGAAAUAUUGAACCAAUCAAGAAGGAAUGCUGCAAGACAGUUGGAGCUGAUGGGGGCAAACUUCAGCUAGAAUCCUUUGGGAUUGAACUUGAGAUACCUCCUGGUGCAAUCGACAGCAAAGAGCCACAGGAAAUCUCUCUUUGUGUCCUGACCGAUACUCCAAAUCUUGGUGACACCAAAGAAGAGAUGUCAGUCUGUUUUGGCGUACAAUGUUUAGUUCCUGAUGACUUGGUACUGAGGUCACCGGUGACUUUCACAAUACCUCAUUGCUCUGUUGCAACACUGUACUCCAGAUUAGAGGCAGUCCUUUACACAGGAGAGGGAGAAUAUACACCGGAUGCAGAUGUCAAGGAGAGAAUCCUAUUAAGAAAUACAGGACUUCCAAACUGUAUCAUCGAGAGGGGUGUUCUUAGAUUGCAGAUAGAUCACUUCUCCUGGAUUUUCAUCAAAUUCAUCAAGAAUUUGUUCUUCAGAGGGAAACAAAUGUGUUGCUUGCCGUUUGCAGAACAGCCACUACCAGAAGAGAGAAUGUCUGUCAUCGUGCGUGUACAUCUCUUUGACGACAUUACUGGGCUAAAAGAGAUGGUAAUGCAUGAAGAGCAUGCAUUAGGAUUUGGCCAUAUUUAUCCUUCUACAGAAGUUCCAAUCAAUGUGACAGAAGAGGACGUCACAAUGACUUGUGUCAUCGAAGAUGAUCGUGUUGGAGAGGCAAUUGUCAAGUAUGAUGAUUUAUGGAGAUGCAAAGACAGGAUGAGGUCCUUUAAUUUGGACCUAACCAAUCAACCUGAUAGAGUGGUACUGAACCUACAAGUCGGCCAGAAAGGACGACCCCAGGAAGAACUACUUUGUUUAUUAAAGUUUACAGCUCAAGGCAGAUGGCCUCGCCCUAUACCUCAUGACCUAGGACAGUUAGAAGGUGCUGUUGGUCAAGCAGCACAUCAAGAAAUCCCAGAGUAA